CAUUAUGGCAGAAAAUCGUCCCACUGUCAGCAUGUGCAAGCUAGCAGCGAACUGCAAGAAAAACGAUUAGUAACUCUGAUUCCGCUGCUCCAUAUCGCUGAGCAAGUCCUGAGAAUCCCGGCGCGCCAUUAUGGGGAACGCCGCUCCGCCACGAACCGUACUACCCUGCUAGUCUAGUCUGAUCUAGCUCAUCAUCAUUCGCCACCGCCUCUAACGUUCUCGCGACUCGGUGGUCGUCGCGCCAACCGCGAUGGGAUCUACUAAGCUACUAUUGGCUCCGCGCGAUCGCAUCGCGCGGGAACCGGGAGCGCGGUCGCAGCGGGGAUAUAGACAGGCACCGCCUCCGCGUUUUCCGCAACAAAAAAAAGCGCUUCGAGCUUUCAAACGAGACGGAUGUCAAUCGUACCGUGGCAUAGAUAAAGGUCUUGGAGAAUAUUCGCGCGUCCUAAUCGCGUCGCGGGUAGAGCGCAGCGCAUUACAUCCUUCUAUGGAAUCAACAUCAACAUCAACAUCAACCUCAACCUCAACCUCGUUGCGUCGAUCGCGUUUAAGAGGCGCACACCAGUUGCGGAGAGCUCGACGAUACGACAAACCGAUCCGCGCAUCUCCCCCCGUCCUCCUCAUCCUCUUCCUCCGCGUCCGGUUCCUUCUCCCGCUCGCCCUCGCCCUCCUCAACCCUCCGAUGUCACGGGGGGGCAUUGCGCGAUUUGCGGCGGCAGAGACGGUGGAAAUCGCGGAAUCAGCGGCGGAGAAUCCGACGAUCGAGCCGUGGAUGGACGGCCUGGAUUACAGCGUGAUGGAUUUCGCUGAAGGGGAGGAGGGGGAGACGGGGGGGGAGAUGGGGAAGGAAAACGGGCAGGGGAAUGGGGAGGAGAAUGUGGGGGGAGCACUGGCGGGGAUGGGGGAAGGGAGCGCCAAUGAUGGCUCCGCGGAAGCGCGGAAAUUGGCGUUUGAUUACUACGACUGUGGGGACGACCGAGCUCGGAAUUACUCGCACCCGCAUGUAGCCGGGGCGGUGGAGAGCGGGCGCAAGUUCGUGAUGCUGGCAGCGGAGCGCGAGCAGCUCACCAAGGCAAGGUUGCAUCUGGGGGAGGCGAUGACCAUAGCAGGUCUCACAAAUCGCACAUUUGUCCUCACACACGUGGGCAGCAGCCGCAUAGGCAUGGAUCGCGACCUGCCGCUGUGCACGUACUUCAACAUCGAUAAGAUAACGGAGCACGGCGAGUGGAUCACAGAGGACUACCUCGUGGGGGAGGCGCAGCGGCUGCAGCGCCCCCUGCGGCUGAAGACGCUCGUGCUGCACAAAGCACGGCACCGGUGCAACCGGCUCAUAUGGCGCCAGGUGGAGAGCGGAGCGUCGUUCAAGGAGCAUCCGUGGGCGCGCGACAUCCUCUCCUUCCCCCAGCGCAUCCGCUGCGUGAAGGAGGAGCACCGCCGCCACACGCAGGACGCCUCUGACGCGCUCCUGGAGGCGCUCAAGGAGGAUGACGUGGCGGCCGCUGACGUCAUCCUCGUGUACAAGCUCGCUGACGAGGCAUACUUCCUCCCAGACGUCGUGGGGCCCGCUAUCCGAGCCAUUGAGUUCGCCCCGCACCUCAAGGCCAUAGCAGGCAGCAUGACCCACACGCUCUUCGCCAACUCCACGCCUACUGCUGCCUCCGCGCCUGCCACCAUUCCCAAUAGCCUCAGGGAGCAGCUCAGGCGACACCCGGGGCAGGUGCGGUACCUCGCGGUGCAGUGGCGCACGGAGUAUGCUCUCCUGCAGCCCAACAUGACUGCCCGGCUCAUGCUGCGGUGCACCCGAGGACUCAUAAAGAAAGCUUGGACUGCCAUUCAGACCAAAGGGCUGUCGGAUAGGGUGUUCCUGGCCACGGACAUGCAUCCGGACGGCCGGCCCGUCUCCAUGUCCUUCUACGGGCUCGAGUUCCUGCAGCAGCGCAUAGCCAAGCGCGUCAUCCAGCUUCUGUACUCCAAGCUACAGCCUGUGUCAUGGACUACAGUGGACCCUAAGUUCCCACAACUGGAUGCUGGAGUGCAGGGGAUUCUGGACAAGCUGGUCUGCUUGAAGGCCACGUAUUUUCUGUACCCUCCAGAUCAGUGCGGAGGCCACAGCAGCAGUUUCACCAGGGACAUUAUUGGCAACAGGCGGAAGAAUAGGAGAGCCUUUCCCAGUGAAGCUUGGAGUCUAGUGUAAUGCCAAUAACUGAAAUGUUGUAAAAAGAAAAUAUUUGACGUAAA